AUGGCUGAUGACAUUUUCAGUACGUCUUUUAUUGAUGUUCUACCUCUUUAUGAUGUUUCAUCUUCUUCUGCACCGACAUCUUCUUCUAUUGUCCCUCCUCCUAUUAUUCACACUUACACUCGCAUGAAUAAAACAGUUUAUUUUGCAGGUACAUCUCUUUCAUCUCUCUUGGCAGACUCUCAAUUAGUUUCUGAUAAUAUGGAUCGUGCCCCUCCUCGCUGUCCUCAGCAUGUAGGCGGGUCUAUAAAAUCAAGACAAAGUCUGAUGGCUAUGUUGAACGAUAUAAAGCACGUCUGGUUGCAAGAGGUUCUACACAAGAAUAUGUGGAAUUUGUCUCAGAUUGAUGUUAAAAAUGCUUUUUUGAAUGGGGACUUGAAUGAAGAAGUUUAUAUAACUUGUCCUCGUGGUCUUUCUCAUAGUCUUGGUAAGGUUCUUACUGGUCGGAUCGCAGCACUCAGCCGGUUUAUAUCCCGAUUGUCAGAUAAGUCCAAACCAUUCUUCGAUGCUAUACGAUCCAAGAAUAAAGAUAUAUGGGGACCCCAGCAGCAGGAGACCCUCAGUCGGUUGAAAGGUUACAUGGCUGAACCACCAAUUCUAUCCGCUCCAAAACCCGGGGAGGUUCUUAUUAUGUAUUUGGCAAUUUCUAAUACAUCGACAAGUGCAGCAUUGAUUAGAAAGGAAGGAAAGAGGCAAUAUCCAGUCUUCUACACAAGUAAGACCAUGACAGAUGCGGAGACGCGAUAUAGUAAAGCAGAAAAAGUCAUCUUAGCUUUGAUCUACGUCACGAGGAAGCUUCGGCAUUAUUAUGAAUCUCAUAGCAUUGUGGUACUCACUAACUAUCCUAUACGGGGUAUACUCUCUAAGCCCGAUUUAUCUGGGAGAAUUACCAAGUGGGCUAUCGAGCUUAGUUCGUUCGAUAUAACUUAUAAGCCAAAGGUGUCGCACAAAGGACAAGCCGUAGCGGACUUUCUUCUCGAGUAUGAAGAUACUCCCAAAGAGCCGGCACACCUUGAACUACAGUGGGAACUUCGAGUUGAUGGUUCCUCGAAUCAAGCAAGUGCAGGAGUAGGCGUUGUAAUGUCAACACCCGAAGGCACCAAGCUGGAGCAAUCUAUCUGUUUGAAGUUCCCAGCUACUAACAAUGAAGCCGAGUACGAGGUAUUACUUGCUGGUCUUCGAUUGGCUAGCAGUCUCCAGGUACGUUGCUUAAAGGUUUUUAGUGACUCACAACUUAUUAUAAAUCAAGUGACAGGUCAGUACCAUCCCAAAGAGGAAAGAAUGAAAGCAUAUAAAGAAGCUGUAGAGAACAUUGCACGGGGAUUCGAUCAGAUCAAAUUCUAUCAGGUACCUUGUGUUGAGAAUGCCGAAGCAGAUCAAUUGGCCACAUCAGCGUCAUCUUCAAAUGAGGAUUUGAUUCGGAUUGUGCCGAUUGACGUUCUGGACGAGCCCAGCAUUAAUCCUCCGCAGGAAGUAAUGGUGGUUCCAGUUAUUCCUCGAGAACCAUGCUGGAUUGAUCCAUUGGAAGCUUACCUUAAGCAUGGAGUUCUUCCAGACCAGAAGUCCGAAGCACGGAAGCUCCGUAUCACCGCAGCUAAAUAUGCCAUCAUUAACAAUCAGUUAUACCGAAAGUCAUUUUUAGGUCCUUACCUGAAAUGUUUAAGCCCUACUGAGGCUCUUGUGGUGUUGAGACAAAUCCAUGACGGAGAUUGUGGUAACCACUCUGGGGGCAGAUCCCUCGCGUAUAAAGUCCUGACUCAAGGUUACUUCUGGCCGUACUUGUCCCGGAAUGCAGAAGAGUAUACACGGAGGUGUGACAAAUGUCAACGUCAUGGUCCCAUGAAGCAUCAACCUGCCGAAGAUUUGCACGCAAUGGCAAAUCCAUGGCCAUUCGCACAAUGGGGGAUUGAUAUGGUGGGCCCGUUACCUAAGACUGUGGAACAAAAGGAGUACGUGCUACUGGCUACAGAUUAUUUCACUAAAUGGGUAGAAGCCGAGGCCUAUUCAAGUGUGACCCAUGAGCAGGUGCUUUGGGCGUACCGAACCACACCACGGCGGCCUACGAGAGAGAGUCCCUUUGCCAUGGCUUAUGGAUCUGAAGCUGUGAUCCCAACCGAAGCGGCAGUUCCAACCCUUCGGACAUUCUUAUUGCUUGAAGGAAACAAUAGUCAGCAGCUUGAACAUAGUCUCGAUCUCCUGGACGAAAAAAGGGAUGUUGCAGCAAUUAGGCUUGCUUCAUAUCAGCAACAGCUGAGCAACAGUUAUAACAAACAUAUGGAGGAUUUGAUGGACCAGUUGCAAGAGUGGAGACACUUGGAGCUAAAUGGACCUCAGGAUGAGCUUUCACCAUCUCGGCAAAAAGAACUUCAGCUUCCUAAGCUUUUGGACCCUCAUCAUAAGGGAAAGACGCUCCCAUAUGGGCAUCAAAAGCCUCGGGAUCUAUAG